GCUUUUGAGAUGUCUGGACGCGGGAAAGGAGGCAAAGGGCUUGGGAAAGGAGGCGCCAAGCGCCACCGGAAGGUCUUGCGAGAUAACAUCCAAGGCAUUACGAAGCCAGCUAUUCGCCGCCUGGCCCGUCGUGGGGGCGUCAAGCGCAUCUCUGGGCUGAUAUACGAAGAGACCCGAGGAGUUCUCAAAGUUUUUCUGGAGAACGUGAUUCGCGAUGCGGUGACUUACACGGAGCAUGCUAAACGCAAGACAGUGACCGCCAUGGACGUGGUCUACGCUCUGAAACGCCAGGGCCGCACUCUGUACGGCUUUGGCGGUUGAGCUGUCUCCACAGCGCCCCCUCCACUCAAAGGCCCUUUUCAGGGCCCCAAAACGUCAAGAAAAGAGCUGUAAACACCACCCUGCAAGCAUCAGGUUGGGUACGGUAGAGCGGUGUCUUAGA